AUGACCGAUCCGCAAAAGUGCCUCGUUCCCUAUAUCGAGCUGGAAAAUGCUCCCCAGGAAGUGGCUGCGGCCAUCACCCACCUCCCAUACCGGCGCAACAUUUUCCACCUCCUCGGCCACUCACAUGGCUCAUUUCCGCGUCUCAUGGGUGUCUACGCAGCAUUCUUUAACGGCAAUACGCGCAUCCUUCCCCUCCUAGACUGGCAACUAGUGGUACUCCGAAUCUCGGCGGUGCUAGACGCGGAAUACGAAUGGGAUGUGAAUGCCCCCGUAGCUCGCAUUAACGGCAUGGCGGAGGAGAAACUAGACGCUCUCAAGCGAUCGGCUGGGCGGGGUGAGGAAGGCGUGGAGGCCGAGCCGAUCUUCACUCCCCGCGAUCGAGUCAUCCUCAAACUAGUUGACGAGCAGCUUGCAACGUACAACAAUGAGGAGGACACCGUCAAUCAAGCUAAACAACUUCUGAGUGUGGAGGAGCUCGUCGAGGUGUAUGUGGUGCUUGGGGUUUAUGUACUUAUUGCGCGCAUUACCAAGGGAUUGCGGAUCGAUCUUGACGGGGAGAUCCCGGGCUUGGAGGAACAUCUGAAGCAGGUGGUGACAGGCAGCUGA